UGGCGCCUGCCGCUGCGCGGUGGGGCGGCGGGUGGGCUGGAGUCGCGGCCCGAGCCCAGAGAGCUGCUGCCCCUGGGGCGAUGGCCGAGGCGAGCUCGGGACUCUGCCAGGCCCUGGCCCCCCCCUCCCCAGAGGCCGGGGACAUCACGUCCCACUGGGUUUCCCCCGGCUGCCAGCGCAGAAGCCUCUUCUGGUGCCUGCGACGCAAGAAGCCGUCCCAUGGCCUGCUGGAGAUCGGCCCGGGCCACGAGCUGCACCCGCUCGCGAGCAUGAUGCAGGCGGGGCUGUGGGCUGCCACCCAGGUGUCCCUGAAGCAGCCCCCCGCAGGGCCGCCCACCGAGAAGGAUUUCUCCGAGGUCCUGACCCAGGCUCAUAAGGGCUUUGAACUGGACACACUGGCCGGCCCGGCCUUCGCCUGGCUGCGCCACUCGCUGGGCCUGGCCGAGGAAGACUACCAGGAUGCCCUGGGGCCCGGAGGCCCCUACCUGCAGUUUUUCAGCCCUUCCAAGAGCAAGUCCAUCUUCUUCCUGUCCCACGACCGACGCUUCUUCCUGAAGACCCAGCAGCGCCGGGAGGUGCAGGUGCUGCUCGCGCACCUGCCCCGCUACGUGCAGCACCUGCAGCGCCACCCCUACACGCUGCUGACGCGGCUGCUGGGCGUGCACACUCUGCGAAUGGCCCAGGGAAAGAAGGAGUACUUCAUCGUCAUGCUGAGCGUCUUCUACCCCGCCUCCGGCCGCCUCUUGGAGCUGUAUGACAUCAAGGGCUGCGAGGUGGACCGGUGGGUGGAGCCAGUCUCUGAUGACUGCUCCAUCGUGGUGCUGAAGGACCUCAACUUCCAGGGCAAGACCAUCCACCUGGGGCCCCAGCGGACCUGGCUCCUCUACCAGAUGGAACUGGACACGGCCUUCCUGCGGGACCUAAACGUGAUGGACUACAGCCUCAUCCUGGCCUUCCACCAGCACCAGGACGGCGAGAGGACCGAGGCCAGCAGCCUCCCCCAGGCCUCCUCGGCCAGAUUUGUGGAAGGGAUACAGAACCCGGAGGAGGUGGAAUUGCCGCAGAAUUACCGUUUGCUCUCCGGUGGCCCCCACGCCCCCAACAUUUUGGAUGGGCCCGAGCAACGCUACUUCCUGGGCCUAGUGGAUCUGGCCACCGUGUACGGGCUCCGCAGGCGGCUGGAGUAUCUAUGGAAGAUGCUGUGGUACUCAGGACGAAACUUCUCCACCGUCAAUCCCACUCGCUAUGCCCGUCGUCUCUGCCAGUGGGUGGAGGCGCACUCGGACUGAUGCCCGCCCGGCUCAGUCCUCCACAUCGGAAUAAUGGGCGCGUGCGGACUCCAGACUGCAGUUCCUGACUCUGGCCUCCAGAGGGCAGCGCCCGCUAGCGAACACCUCGGUUGACGAUGACGCUAUGCUGGGCACGAUGCCAGCCUCCUUUACAUUAGCUCAUUUUAUGCUCCGGGAAAUGCUCUUAUUCUCCUUUAUAGACAGUGAAGUGGAAGUUCAGGGGGUGAACGGACUGAGUGCCAUCGAUCAACAAUAAAUGCUGGAACCAGGA